AUGAAAGGCCUGUCCAGCAGCCGCAGUCACCAUCACACGGUGACAUGUGACCCCUCUUACGACUCCAUGACCCUGGGGCACUCGGAUCGCCGGCCCUACUUCCUCAACCCUGGCGAGGCGCAUUCAGCCGACCACCCUUGCUACCCCCAGCGCAACUCCUUCCAGUCCGAGUGCAGCGCCUACCCUGAUCUGGCCAGCUGCACCUUCCCUCGCAGACAUUACAGCUCCCACCAUGAGCUCAAGGAGGAGUGCGGCGCCUUGGUGCCUUAUACGGGGCAAGCGGGAAGCGUUAAGGGAACCGGAGGAAGCAACAGCCGCGUCUCCUCGAACCUGCUGGAGCAGUUCGAGGGCCAGGCUCCGAUGCGGCACGAGGGCUACCACACGCUGCAGUACAAGCGCACCGCGGUAGAACACCAACGCAGCGACAGCCCCGGUCGGAUCCGGCAUCUCGUCCACUCCGUCCAGAAGCUUUUCACCAAGUCCCACUCCCUGGAGGGGCCGUCGGGGGGAGGAGGGAGCGGGAGGAUGAACGGCAGCAAGUCCAGUCCUGACGACCCGCCCUCGUCCUCCGGCACCCUGAAGCACAGCAAACGCAGCAAGAGCAAGGACCGCUCAAAGUCUGAGCCCAAGAUGCGCAGCGCCAUCUCAGGCUACUGGAGCUCGGACGACACGCUGGACCGGGAGAUGUGCCUCUACCACCAUCACCACGGGGGCACCAGUGGAGGCCUCCCCUCUGGGGUCAUGACCAUGGGGCGCCACCCUGACAAAUCUCAGUCGCAGUACUUCAUGGAGUCCUACAACACUAUCAGUGCCCACUCGCUCAAGACGUCGCGCAGCAACAACGACGUGAAGUGCUCCACGUGCUCCGGGGGCGGCGGCGGCGUCGGGCUGCCGCUGGUGAGCUCGCUGGACGGCCAGGUGCAGCUGAAGAAGAGCUCGUGGUCCUCUACGCUGACGGUGAGCAGAGCAAGAGAGGUGUACCAGAAAGCCUCAGUCAACCUAGAUAAAGCUCUAGUGAAAGCCGAGCAGGGACGCACCUGCCACUUCCUACAGGUGCCUCAGGAUGACUGGGGCAGCUUCUCUCCGCUGGGGAAGGAAGACGAGAUCCCGUGCCGGCGGAUGCGCAGCGGCAGCUACAUCCGAGCCAUGGCGGAGGAGGACAGCGGCGACUCGGACGGCAGCCCCAAGCCCUCGCCCAAGGUCCAGGCGCGGCGGGCGAGCUACCUGAAGGCCACGCAGCCGUCUCUCACAGAGAUGACCACGCUCCAGAUUUCCACGGAGCACUCGCCCAAGCUGCAGAUCCGGAGCCACAGCUAUCUGCGGGCGGUGAGUGAGGUUUCCAUCAAUAGGAGUCUGGACAGCUUGGACCCAGCAGGGCUGCUGGCCUCGCCUAAAUUCCGCUCGCGAAACGAGAGCUACAUGAGAGCCAUGAGCACCAUCAGCCAGGUGAGCGAGGUGGAGGUGAACGGGCAGAUCGAGGCGGUGUGCGAGUCGGUGUUCAGCGAGAUGGAGUCGCAGGCGGUGGAUGCCCUGGACCUGCCCAUGGCCGGCUGCUUCCGCAUGCGCAGCCACAGCUACGUGCGUGCCAUAGAGAAGGGCUGCACGCAGGAGGAGGAGGAGGCCCGGGCCGCGCUGGGCAGCCGGAGGAGCCACUCGCCCCCCCGCACGACCACCACGGUCAGGACCAUCCAGAGCAGCACAGGUGUUAUCUCUCUUUCUCCUGAAGUGUCAUCAUGCAUCACCACUUACAAGAAGACGCCUCCCCCGGUCCCUCCACGCACCACCCCGUCCAAACCCUUCAUCUCCAUCACGGCCCAAAGCAGCACGGAGUCGGCCCAGGACGCCUACAUGGACGGGGGCUCGGGCCUGCGGACGGGCAUCAGCUCCCAGCCCGGCCUGUCCAAUUCCACGGAGAGCAUCGACAGCAUGAAGGCCCUGACGGCGGCCAUAGAGGCGGCUAACGCUCAGGUGCACGGCCCCGCCAGCCAGCACGUCACCAACAGCACCAUCACCAUCACCGCCACCGCCACCACCUCCGCCGUAGCACACGUCUCCACAGACAGCAAGGCUCAGAGGGAAGCGCUCCGCAAGUGCCUCUCCAUAGGGAUCCAGGUGGACCCAGAGGAAGAGGGGCCCUCAGAGGAGCAGUCCAAGUUCCAGUCGAUAGGAAUUCAGGUGGAGGACGAGCGAUGUUACCGCAGGAUGACCCGGUCCAACAGUGUAACCACGGCCGUGCAGGCCGACCUCGACGACCCCGACGACCCCCCCGAGCUGCCGCCUCGCCACUGUGCCACCAUGCCGCGCCAGCACUCCCGUGACAAUGCCAGCUCCACCGUCAGCAUCCAAGGCUCGGGGAACCACUACCACGCCUGCGCCGGGGACGACUACGGGGACGUGGGGUUCGACCCGUCCAUCCUGCCCCCCCCGGACCCCUGGAUGGACAGCGUGGCCGAGCCGGAGACGGACAACUUGGAGGCCGUCGGCCGGUUUGUGUGCCCCCGCGACGGCCGCUGGUUCCUCAAGCUGCUGCACGCGGAGACGGAGCGCAUGGAGGGCUGGUGUCGACAGAUGGAGCAGGACGAGGUGGAGAAUGAGCUGUCCGAUGAGAUCCUGGGGAAGAUCCGCAGUGCAGUGGGGAGUGCCCAGCUCCUGAUGUCCCACAAGUUCCAGCAGUUCCGGGAGCUGUGUGAGGAGAAUCUGAACCCGAACGCACACCCGCGGCCCGUCUCCCAGGACCUGGCCGGUUUCUGGGACAUGCUCCAGCUGUCCAUCGAGAACAUCAGCCUGAAGUUUGACGAACUCCACCAACUCAAAGCCAACAACUGGAAACCUCUGUCGCCCCCGGAAAUCCAGGAGAGAAGGAUGCCCCCUCCCGUGCCAAAGAAGCCCCAGAAGGGCCACCCUCCCCUGGCUAGGGACCGCUCGCUGGAGAGCAAUGAGCGCCAGCGUCUGGAGGCUCGCAAACGCCUGCUAGCUGCCAAACGGGCUGCGUCGGUUCGGCAGAGCUCCGCCACCGAGAGCGCAGACAGUAUCGAGAUUUAUAUCCCAGAGGCUCAGACCAGACUAUGA